UCUCUGCUGAGUUAGGACAGAGAGUGCUUGAUGGCAUUAGUGUGUAAAUGUGCGUUCUUUGUGCGUUACGAGUGUGCAAUCCAAGGCUGGUGUUUGAAAAUGUCUCGCUCUCUCACCAAGACUCUUUUUAAAGGCCGCAGUGAUUCCUAAGCGUGUAGAAUGCUUGUUAAACUAUCGCUGUUCACCAAAUGCAACCUUGAAAACUCCUCAUACCUUCCGCUGUUGAAAGGCGUGUUCUGACGUAGCGGUGGCUGUGUGAGGAUGCUUGGGUAGGGAAGUGGUGCCAUUUUGCAAAGUAACGAUAGAGAUUACUUAAUGCCAUUUGAGUGCGUUGUGUGUUAUGAGUAAUGUUUUCAAAGGCCACAGUGCUUGUUAAACUAUCGCCAAUCAUGAAAGUACCCUCGCAAACUCCCAAACGCACUUCCCACUCUUGAACAAGUCGACAAAAGGCAGCAGAGCGCAUCAAGUAUGUUUUGUCCCAAUUACUAGUGCGUUGUGUGUUAUGAGUACUGUUUUCAAAGGUCACAGUGCUUGUUAAACUAUCCCCAAUCAUGAAAGUAUCCUCGCAAACUCCCAAACGCACUUCCCACUCUUGAACAAGUCGACAAAAGGCAGCAGAGCGCAUCAAAUAAUUAUGUUUUGUCCCAGUUACUAGUGCGUGGGCUUCAGACAAAGGUGAUGAGGCUGGACAGAGAGAACCAGUCAGUUUCGGCAGCCGCCUCCAACAUGACCUGUGACGACUCCUCCAGCUUCUGCGCCCUGGUGAAGAACGUCACGCUGGCCGCCAGUGCCUUCAUCGGGCAGCAGAUGGACCUCCUGUACCUUGGGUGGGUGUGGUCGCUGGUGUUCCCGGCCCUCUUGGUGGUGGUGGUGCUGCCCUGCGUCAUCCUCCUCCUCCUCUACUUCUCCGCCUUCCUGCUCUACGUCUUCCAGAGGAGACGCAGCCUUCUCCACGUGCUGCAUGAGUCCCUAGAGCACCGUGACCCCUGGGCUGGUGGUCGGUACCUCAUCUCGCUCAUCUGGGACGCACAUGGCUACAUUUGGCAUGGGUAUGAGGUACGGGGCCUGGAGAACCUGCCAGAUAGGGGCCGCUGCCUCAUCAUCUACUACCACGGUGCCAUCCCCAUUGACAUCUACUACUUGGUGGCCCGUAGCAUCAUCGUCAAGGGCCGCCUCAUUCACUGUGUGGGCGACAGGUUCCUGGAGAAGGUGCCGGGCUGGAAGGUGAUCCUGGAGGCCUUUGACAUCACCGCAGGCACCAUCAGCUCCUGCAUCAAGACACUCUCGGAGGACCACAUCCUGAGCAUUUCGCCGGGUGGGGUGAGAGAGGCACAGUUCUCGGACCACAACUACCAAUUGCUGUGGGGGAACCGGACAGGCUAUGCUAAAGUGGCCCUCGGAGCUAAUGCCCCCAUCGUGCCAGCCUUCACUGAGAACAUCCGCGAGGCAUUCCGAGUGGUAGCAUGGCCCCAGCGUCUGUGGGUCACCCUGUACGAGAAGCUGAGGUUCCCCUGUGCGCCCAUCUAUGGUGGCUUCCCUGUCAAGCUGAGGACACACCUGGGGGAGCCAAUAUACCCCAAGCCGGGAGAGUCCCCUGAGGAACUGGCCGAGCGAAUACAAGAAAGUCUGGCUGCGCUGAUCCGUGAGAACCAGAAGUUACCUGGACGUAUCCUCAGAGCUCUCAUGGCAAGGGUGUACGAGGCUCCCAAGCAGAAUUAGCAUCUGGAGUGGUUCUUAAUGUGUACUGUGUGUUUGUUGGGAGAGGAGAAGGAGUGAGGGAGGGGAAAGUGAUUUUGUUGGUCUUAUCUGUCAGGGAGAGAAGGAGGGGUGGGAAUUGUAACCCUCUUAUUGCUAUUGGAAGUGAUUCUUGAUGUGUCUCUGUUGGUUGAGGAGGAGAGGGAGGGAAGAGAAUGCCAGGUGACGUUCAUUGGUCUUAUCCGUCAGGGAGAGGAGAGGCGGGAAUUGUAACUCUCUCAUUGCUACUGGAAGUGAUUCUUGGUGUGUAUUUGUGUCUCUGUUGGUGGAGGAAGACAGGAGAGCGAGGGAAGAGAAUGCCAGGUGAUGUUAGUUGCUCUUACAUGCUAGAGUGAGGGACAGAAGCAAGUGACUGACUGAUAACCUCUUUCACUACUGAUUCCUGAUUCGUACGUGCGUCUCUGUUGGUGGAGGAAGACGGGAGGGUGAGGGAAGAGAAUGCCAGGUGGUGUUUAUUGCUCUUACCUACUAGAGAGUGAGAGACAGAAGGAGAGGAGUUAACCUUUUUCACAGCUCUCGGAAGUGACUUAUGAUUCCUACUUGCAUUUCUGUUUGUUGCUGAAGUGCUGUGUUGUUGGCAGGUGGUAGUGUGCUGUGGUGGUGGUGGUGGUGGUAGUGGUGAUGGUGAUGGUCUGUUACUGAAGAAAGGAAGGGACAUGAGGUGGAGAGGGAAGCGGCAGGGACACAGAGACAAAUAGGGACACUGACACAGGAAUGAGGAAAGUGUUGGGAAAGAACAGAGAUUUACAAGAGGGUUAAAUAAGAGAGAAAAGGAUGAAGAGAAGUGAAGGAAUAAAGAAGUAGGAAUUUAAAGAGAAAAACAGACAUGGGAAGGAAGAGAAAAAGAGAAAAAAGGAUGAAGACAGUGGAGGAACAAAGAAGUAGGAAGUUAAAGAGAGAAACAGACAUAGGAAGGAAGAGAAAAAGAGAGAAAAGGAUAAAAAUAAGUGAAGGAAUACAGAAGUAGGAAUUUAAAGAGAGAAAGAGACAUGAGAAGAAAUAGAAAACGAGAUGUGGAAGGAAGAGACAAAAGGGCAUGGACUGGUGGUGUCUGGUAUUGCCCGUGGUGUUGCCUGCAGUGUUCUCUUGCCGCACCAUUGAUCUACUUAAGCAUAAUAGUUCCUGCAUUGAGCAACACAAAUGAAGGGGCGAGUGCUUUGCCAGAUUUCAGUCACCCCUCCUGAUAUGAGAGGAAGUAAUUGUUUAAGGCUUCACGCAGUACUGGUCUCAUCUUAAUAUAUGCUUAACAGUUCCUGCUAUCUAUAUUUUUUUGUUUAUUUCUGAAUGACACACCAGGGAGGGGUUUCUUCUUGCUCUGUAGCCAUCAACAAACAUUACCCUGGCUGGAUAUUGGUGGUUCUAAUCUCUUAGCUCCAUUUCUUCUCUUUCUCGACGGUUAUAAACAACUUGCUUCUAGUGGUGUGAAGCGUAGCAUACCACAGCGAAAGAGCCAAAGCUUACUUAAUUUAGAGUUUUACGAGAGGAAAGACAUUACCCCCUUUAAGACUACACACCUGAAUAAACACGUGUAUUUUUCUGCGUGGUGAAAUCUACAGUUGACCUGAUUGCGCCCCGAGAGUUCCUCAGUCCUUCUCUACACAGUACCUCUGGUGGCUCAGUGCAGCACCCGGUUCACCUUCGCCCCAGACUUCCCCCGGUGAAGCAGGAGGCAAGAGGACAGAAUAUAUUAUGUACAUAUUACGAUAACACAUUACUUUACUUAUUCGGUGAAGCAAGACGCAAGAGAACAGAAUAUAUAAUGUACAUAUUACAAUAACAUAUUACUUUACUUAUACUUAGUGACCUUAUAACUCUCAUUACUUCAAGGUUGUGUGGUGUGUUUGUGACCCCCAUGAGGUUUGUGACAUGGGAACUGACAAGGGUCGGUAUAGGAGGCAGGAAUGGGAAGGUAUAAGCUAAGUAGGGUGAUGGAUCAAAGAGUGGAGGUACAGAGAGGUCAAGAUCAAGAUGUGGAGGUAUGUGGAGGUCAGAUAAGGUGAAGUGGACUGAGAGAGUGACAAUAUGAGCAGUGUAAGAUGACAGGUUAAGCAUGAGAGAGAGCAAGGAUCAGGUGUAGUCAGAGAGGGGCAGGGAGGUGAAAGUUGAGUUUGUGAGGCCCAGACGAGGUGAAGGGGACUGAAUGACUGAGCAGUGUAUGACAGGUUAAGUGAGAGAGAGCAAAGGUCCCUGUGGCUGAGUGGGUAGAGUGACAGUCUUGGAAUCCUGCAAUGAGAGAGACAUGAGUUUGAACCCCACAAGGAAUUCAAACCACAAAAAUAAAAUAAAUAAAUCGUAAACUACCCUCGUAAAGCUGUCAAGGCGUGGGGGUCAUUACAAACAGGGAGGUCAUGCAGAGAGGUCAGGGUUGAAGUGCUGGACUGUGAGGGGUCAGAUGAGGUGAAUGGAAAGGUCUGAAGUGUUGGUGGGGGUCAUUACAGAGAGGGAGGUCAUGCAGAGAGGUCAGGGUUGAAGUGCUAGGCUGUGAGGGAUCAGGUGAGGUGAACAGAAAGGCUUGGAGUGUUGGUGUGGGCGUAAUCAUGUGUCUUUCAUCGUCUCAUCAAGAAUCACACUUUUUUUCACUGUGGGUGUUAGACAGAGGCAGUGUGAGGCAGGGAGAGAUAAUGUGUGUCUGCAUGUGUGUGUGUGUUAUGAGGUAAAAGAGAAUAACGUGCUGUGUGUGUGUGUGUGUGUUUCUCUUCCUUUCAGACACCAUCACCACACACACACACACACACACACACACAACUGGCAUAAUGCAUUAAAGACUUCACCAAUUCCCACAUUUCAACAUACAUACAUACAAAGUGCAAGGUUAUUGUUACGGCACACGCAUAAUAUCAAUAUUUUCAACUUACUGGUCAGAAGUUUUACGUAUAUUAGAAGUUGUAUGUUACUGAGUCACUUGGGUUAGUUACUGUAAUUGUUGUGUUUAGCUGUAUAUGCAUAUUUGUUGGAGGAAAUGUAAUUGUAGUCAAUAUAUCUGUUAUCAUUGUAUUAGGCAACUGAGCGAGAGAGAGAGGGAGAGAGAGAUUCUGGUACAUUGAAUAGUCUUACCGUUUGUUUGUUCAUGUUUUGUUACCGAGGAAAAGCAAAGGGGAAAAAAAGAAGGAAAUGCACACAGUAUUUUCCUAACAUGUCCCUCUCAUUGCCACUCAUGUUUGUCUGUUUGUUUGCAUCACGUUGGGAGAAUCAAGGGAGACACUGGUGCACAUUCCUUCCCAAUAUAUGUGUGUGUGUGUGUGUGUGUGUGUGUGUGUGUGUGUGUGUGUGUGUGUGUGUGUGUGUGUGUGUGUGUGUGUGUGUGUGUCAAGUGUACGGUCUGCUGUAAAGAGUUGUGAUGAAUGAGUGUGGUGUUGGGUCUUGUGAUGUUCGUGUAUCAUGUCAAGAGAGGCUGGGUUUGGGCCAAGAAUGGAAGAAAAGACAACUAUAUAAUUAGUGGUAAUGUUCCUGCAAGUAUUGAGUAAAGAGAGGCUGAGUUUGGAUCAAGAACGGAAAGAGAAGAGAAGUCGAUAAUCACUGCUAACAAAAAUAAGGAAAUGAUGUGGUUGGCAGUGACACCUUUAAAUUCAUCUUUCUCUGUACCAGACCAGCAAUGCCACACUUCAAGAUUCCAACCCACACACACUUCACGACCCUUCUCAGCAGCGGGUCCUCUCUGGUGCUGUAGUGUAGGUACUUGAGGUGUGUCUCCUUGCCAGAUACCUUUCACUGUGAGGGACAUGAAAGAUGUGACAACUAGCUAACUGGGGAGAACUGAGUGAGAGGAACAAGACUGUGCUGUCCUGAUGCAGUCCAGCCGUACACACUGGGAAGGGAAGGGAGGAGCAGUGUGAAAAAUCGGUGUUCUUUGUGAUAUGGAUGUUAUACUUAAAUGCAUAAUGUUACUACUGUUGUUUAGCACUGACUACCAUCCUGACAGGAGGACCAAAGGUUUAAGAACACAAAUCUUAGGCCUGUGUUCUGAAAUGCUUCUCUCCUGCACCUCCACUACUUUCAAAUGGCUCUGCUUGAAGUGACAGGUUUUUGAGGGUGUUUCUACAGUUCUAGUGUCAAAUUAACAAGAUUUCUACAUUAUUAACAGGAAAGACACUCAUGAGAACUCAGCUAAACAUCUCUAUGGCCUUUGAAAAUAGUCGUGGUGGGAGAGCAAAGUGUUUCAGAAUAUGAGCCUUCACAAAUUCAGCUUUCUUGUCAGUUUAAGCUUGUGGCACAGAGACCACCACACCUCACCUUUUUAACCCUCUCACUGCUGUUUGCCACAUCUCUCCUUAACCACUAGCCACUCUGAGACAUUCCUUGCCGCACACCCACCUCCAAACAUUCUACUGGGGCUAUGAAUUGCAAAAUCUGUUCUUUCCUAUCAUCCUUCCUUGCAGAUAAAGACUCCAUGCAUUGCUCUUAGUGGUGCGAGUUGUUGCACGCUGCAGUGAAAGGGUUAACACACCAUUCAUAAGAAAUAAGGUGGUUCUCAUUCAAUGUUCUCUUGACGCACCACAGCAACACUCUCUCACUGCAUUUGUAUCACUCUCUGUUUUGGUCAAGUCAGUGCAAUAAGAUUGUUUUGUUUUUUUGCUAUUUUUUUGUGUCCGGACCUGACAAAUCCAUAAUACAUUAUAAAAGAUUAAGAAAAAUGUAAUGUUGGUUUUAGAAAAUAGGUAAAUCUUGUCACUUCCUCAGAAAAGACUUAGCAAGUACAAGCCAGCCUGAGUGUGGGCGGCAGGUGUGGGGGGCAGAGGUGGUGGAGGAGGAAAUAAAGUGUGUAUAUUUUACCUACAA